UCAAAUGUGCGUGUGACUCUUAAGAGGAGCGGAGAUCUCGGGCUACGAGGCUCAGUGGAACUCCUGGCCGGGAAGCAGCCCGCUCGGGCGACCUGAUAAUGAAAAGGAAGGUACAUGGAGUGAAUCAACUCCAGAUUAAUUCUUGAUCAAAAUAUAUGAAGAAUGAGAAAUGAAUUAUACAAGACUAUCACCUGAAACAGUGACAGGAUCAAAUUUUAGAUAUAUUCUUAUUUUAUUUAUAAUGGAAAUGUUACAACAACACCACUGGUCUUGAAGAUAAAACAUAACAUUCCAUUUUCUUUGGAUAUGAGUGAUAACAAAUCUUCACAAGAAGAAAAGUACAGGCCUAGCAGAGGUUCCUCAAAAUACAGGGAAUCUGUAAGAAUAAUGCAAUCGGAUGAUUACUUUGCCAGGAAAUUUAAGGCUUUGAAUGGUAAUAUGGGUCCUCCUAUAUCUCUAAAUACCAGCAACAAAAGUGAAAAUAGUAACUCAGCCAAUGGUACUCCUGCUGUGCCUAAAAUGGGAGUCCGAGCCAGAGUAUCUGAAUGGCCACCUAAGAAAGAGUGUGUCAAGGAACUACCCAAUGCUACCUGGGAAGACAGGCCUCAAAGUGAGAGUGGUGGAUUAGUAAAUGGGGAUCAGAAUGAAGGACAGCAAAAGGAACAGCUUGAUUUGGAAUUUGCAGGAGCCAAGUAUGGACUAGGAGACAUUUUUAUCCAUUCUCCACAUAGGGGACUUCAUCCUAUAAGACAAAGAAGUAAUAGUGAUGUUACAAUCAGUGACAUUGACACUGAGGAUGUUCUGGACCAGAAUGCUGUGAACCCAAAUACAGGAGCAGCUCUUCAUCGGGAAUAUGGAAGUACGUCAUCAAUUGACAGACAAGGCUUGUGUGGAGAGAACUUUUUUGCAAUGCUUCGUGGCUAUACAGUAGAGAAUGUUGAGCAUAAAAUACAUGCACCAUUUGGACUUCCUGAAUUUUUCCACUGUGACGCCACAAUUUCUCCAAGUCUCCAUGCGGCAACCCAGAUUUCAAGAGGAGAGUUUGUCAGAAUUUCUGGACUGGACUAUAUGGAUAGCACCUUGCUUAUUGGUAGAGAUCAGGAAAAAUCUUUCAAAUGGAGAUUAAAAUCAGAGUCAGUAGAAACAUCUCUUUUUAAAAAACUCAGAACUGCUAAAAGCGAACAUGAAGCACUAAAAUUUGUGGCUGAAUUAGAGGAGAGUAGACUUGAAAAGAAUGUCCAUCCUUGGAAUUGUCAGAAGUGUUUUGCCCACUAUGAUGUUCAGAGUAUUCUCUUUAACAUAAAUGAAGCAAUGGCUACUAAAAUUAAUGUGGGCAAAAGAAAGAAUAUAACCACCGGGGCGUCGGCUGCAUCACAAACUUCAAUGGCAGCAAGCCAGAUUGGGAGCUGUGAAUCUCCUUUGGGAAGUAAAGAGGAUCUAAAUUCAAAGGAAAAUUUGGAUGCUGAUGAAGGCGAUGGGAAGAGUAAUGACUUAGUACUGAAUUGUCCUUAUUUCAGGAAUGAAACUGGUGGGGAAGGAGAUAGGAGGAUCGCACUCUCUAGAGCAAAUUCGGCAUCUUUUUCUUCGGGAGAUAAUUGUUCUUUUGAAUCUUCCCUAAGUUCACAUUGCACCAAUGCAGGUGUUUCUGUCUUAGAAGUACCAAGGGAAAAUCAGCCAAUCCACAGAGAGAAAGUAAAGCGUUAUGUCAUAGAACACAUUGAUCUUGGUGCCUAUUAUUACAGGAAGUUCUUCUAUGGAAAAGAGCAUCAAAACUACUUUGGAACAGAUGAACAUUUAGGACCUGUAGCAGUCAGCAUUAGAAGGGAGAAGUUUGAAGAAGGAAAAGAAAAAGAAGGUUUACAAUUCAACCAUCGUAUAGUGUUCAGAACAAGUGAGCUUACAACACUGCGAGGAGCCAUUUUAGAAGAUGCCAUUCCGUCUACUGCUAGACACGGCACAGCACGAGGCUUACCUCUUAAGGAAGUAUUGGGAUAUGUAAUUCCAGAACUGAAUAUUCAGUGCCUGAGACAAGCUUCCAACUCACCCAAAGUGUCUGAACAGCUGCUUAAACUGGAUGAGCAAGGGCUAAGUUUUCAGCACAAGAUUGGAAUUUUAUAUUGCAAAGCAGGCCAGAGCACUGAGGAAGAGAUGUAUAACAAUGAGACAGCAGGUCCUGCUUUUGAAGAAUUCCUUGACCUUCUAGGUCAAAGAGUACGACUCAAAGGAUUUAGUAAAUACCGAGCACAAUUAGAUAAUAAAACUGAUUCAACCGGAACUCAUUCUCUUUAUACAACCUAUAAAGAUUAUGAAAUAAUGUUUCAUGUUUCAACUAUGCUUCCAUAUAUGCCCAGUAAUAGGCAACAGCUUCUAAGGAAAAGGCAUAUAGGAAAUGACAUUGUUACUAUUGUCUUUCAAGAGCCUGGAGCACUUCCUUUUACUCCAAAAAAUAUCCGUUCUCAUUUUCAGCAUGUCUUUGUCAUUGUCAAAGUCCACAAUCCAUGCACUGAAAAAGUGUGUUAUAGCGUUGGAGUUUCAAGAUCGAAAGAUGUUCCACCUUUUGGACCACCUAUCCCUAAAGGAGUAACUUUCCCUAAGUCAGCAGUUUUCCGGGACUUCCUUUUGGCCAAAGUUAUUAAUGCAGAAAACGCAGCCCACAAAUCGGAAAAAUUUCGAGCCAUGGCAACCAGAACACGUCAAGAGUACUUGAAAGAUCUAGCAGAAAAUUUUGUUACUACUGCUACAAUAGAAACUUCGGUCAAGUUUAGCCUCAUUUCAUUAGGUGCAAAAAAGAGAGAAAGAGUCAAAGCAAGAAAGGAUGCUCAUUUAUUCAGUGUUGGAGCAGUAAUAUGGAAUGUGAUAGCACGAGACUUUGGUCAGUCACUUGAUAUUGAAUGCCUGCUUGGCAUCUCCAAUGAAUUUAUCGUGUUGAUUGAAAAGGAGUCAAAAAAUGUUGUGUUCAACUGCUCCUGCAGAGAUGUUAUUGGCUGGACAUCUGGGUUAAUGAGCAUAAAAAUAUUUUACGAAAGAGGAGAAUGCAUUCUUCUGUCCGCAUUUGAUAACUGUGCUGAGGACAUCCGAGAAAUAGUUCAGAGGCUAGAAAUAGUAAGCAGAGGAUGUGAAACAGCAGAAAUGACCUUGAGAAGAAACGGCUUGGGACAGCUUGGAUUCCAUGUCAACUUUGAAGGGAUCGUGGCAGAUGUGGAACCGUUUGGUUUUGCGUGGAAAGCAGGCCUACGUCAAGGCAGUCGCCUCGUAGAGAUCUGCAAAGUAGCUGUAGCAACACUCACUCAUGAACAAAUGAUUGAUCUAUUGCGCACCUCUGUGACGGUCAAGGUGGUGAUUAUUCAGCCUCAUGAGGAUGGUUCACCUAGAAGGGGAUGCUCAGAACUCUGUCGAAUUCCCAUGGUGGAGUACAAACUUGACAGCGAAGGCACCCCAUGUGAGUAUAAAACUCCUUUCAGGAGGAAUACUACUUGGCAUAGGGUGCCAACCUCUGCUGGGCAGCCUCUCUCUCGUGCCUCUCCAAUCUUAGGAACAACUGACAGACUGCAUUGCCAGCAGCUUCUUCAUCAGGCACAAACUGCUAUUCCUCGCAGCACCUCUUUUGACAGAAAGCUUCCAGAUGGCGCAAGAAGUUCUCCAAGCAACCAAUCAUCCUCCAGUGAUCCAGGACCAAGCGGGAGUAGUCAGUGGAGGCAUCAAGUAGGAUAUGAUGGAUGCCAGUCCCCUUUACUUCAUGACCAUCAAGGUCUCCUGGAGAGUGAAGAAGGCAGAGAACAUGAAGAAUCUUUGGAAGGGUCCAGGCAUCCCAAUGAUUGGAGACAAAAACUGUUCCAGCCAUUCCAGCAGUAAUACUCUAUCCAGCAACACAUCAAGCAACAGUGAUGAUAAGCACUUUGGCUCUGAAGAUCUAAUGGACUCUGACUUGCUUGGAUUAACGUAUAUUAAGGGAGCUUCUACUGACAGUGGAAUUGAUACUGCUCCUUGUAUGCCAGCUCCAAUGUUGGCUCCAUUGCACAUUUCUGGAAGUCGGUCAGGGCUUCAUGGACGGACAGAUCAAUGGGCUGAAUCAUCCGAAACGCCAGGAGCAGAUGAUGACAUGAAAGUGUAUGCUGUCCACAGUUAUGCUUCAGCCAUUUCUAGCAGUCAUAUAGGUGAUGGCAGCAUGGGGGACCUCAGUGAAUUAUCUUCACAUUCUAGCGGGUCGCAUCAUUCUGGAAGUCCUUCAACACAUGGUCCUAAAAGCACUGGAUCAUUAGAUACCUCCAAAGUAUAUAUAGUCUCACAAAAUUGUGCUCAACCAAUCUCUGGAUCCAUGGCAAAAUGUUACCCUCGACAAGGAGCAAUAAGCAAAUACGUUAUUGGCUGGAAAAAGUCAGAAGAUAGCCCCACACCCGAGGAAUCUGAAAUUUCUGAAUGCCAAGAUCAGCUUCAAGCUUCUGUCAGGAGUAUAGUUUCUGAAGGCCAGCAAGCUCUCUCAAAAGAAGAAUUUCUGAAGUUGAUGAUGCAGAAUAACAUCUCUGCGGAGGAUGGAAGAAGAAAGUUUUCAUUCUAUGGCAACCUAUCUCCAAGGAGGAUACUGUACCGUACACUUUCUGAUGAGAGCAUAUGUAGCAAUCGAAGAGGAUCUUCCUACGCCAGUUCACGGAGUUCAAUGCUAGACCAAGCGUUGCCAAACGAUAUUUUGUUUAGCACUACGCCACCUUACCACAGCACCUUACCUUCUAGAACAUGUUUAAACAAUGGUAGUGGAAAUCUGCGACAUGAACUGUGGUUCUCAGAUGGAUCUUUAUCUGACAAAUCAAGAUUCAAUGAUCCUGGCUUAAUGCCCCUUCCAGAUACAGCAACAGGAUUAGACUGGUGUCAUUUAGUUGAUGCUGCACAAGCAUUUGAAGGUAAUGUGCGAUCAAAGUAACUGCUGCUAAAUUAUCACAAAUUAAGAUGCAACGCCCCUGUUAUUACCAGAGGCAGUGGCACUCAAAAACAUUUGAUAAUUUGGCAAUUCCGUGCAUGCUCUCCUAACCCAUCAGUUUUCUGUUUCUAAAUCUGUAAUUCCCAGUUGAUAAGUGGAUUGUAUAGGUUUCAUGGUCUAUCAC